UUUUGAAAAUGGAUAAGAAGGAAGAGGAAAAAGUAUGCGUUACUCCUUCCACACGCAGUACUUCGCCUUCAAAUGGUUGUUGACGAGGUGCAAGAACUCGGAUCCCCAAACAAAUUUUCACUCCCUCUCAGAGCUGCCAAAAAGAGAACAAGAUAUCACAAGUAUUUAAGGAAAAAAUGAAGGCAAAAGAUUCAACAGUAAAUGUUGAUGGGAUCUUCUUGGAUGAAAGUCAAUACGAAGGAGCGAAGCACUGUUCGAGGAUGAGUGCUAGAAUUAGAAAAUUAACUCUCGGUUACUGGCCCCCGGAGCAACAACUAUUUGUUGCUGCUCGAAAGCCGAAGGGAAUGUCGGAAAGCACUUUCCGUAAGAUUACCUGGAGAGAUUACGAAAAUAUCCGUACAAUCGUCAUGAAGCUUCAAGGGGAACAAUCCACAAGAAUAAGUGGUUUGAGCGAUGAAGACAUAAACUUGGAAACGAUUAAAAGAUAUGUCCAUGCAACUUUAAAAAAGAAGAGAUAUACAGAAAGAGAAAGGGAGGAUGAAGAAGAAACCGAAGGUCUUCUAAAGAACUGAGAAAUCCAAAAAAGAGAUGGCACAACCGACGGAACCUAAGAGACUGAGGAUGUCGGAAAGUUCAUCAGAGCAAGAGGAAGAGCAGGAGCCUCGA